AAAGAUUGACCAUCCUAGAAUAUUGUAAACUAAAAGGUAAACAGUAGCAAGCAAAUUUUUUAAACAUCUUGUAACGUGCAAGCAAUAAGAACCAAAAAAAAAAAGAAGAGAAAAUACAAACACACAACAUUCUGACCAAUGUCAAAUCCUAUAAAAGAAGGAUGAAAAUAAUUUCUUUUGUCUCCUAUACUGAGAAUCAUUAAUGAAUUCCUUAGAAUACUCUUUAUUAAUUAUGGCUCUUUCAAGAAAAGUUCAAAGAACUUGUGGCUAACAAGAAAUAGAAAACCAGUUGGCAGUUCCAAAAUUAACAUUCAAAGAAACCUUAAUCUUGCAUAAGUUGUAUCGCAGCCUUGUUAUGACAUGGACGGGCGGUCAUACCAAGUCCUAGGGCGAAACUUUUAUGCAUGAACUACUAUAUAUGAAAGAAAAUGCCAACCAUGAGAGUCCAACUUCGAUAAAUGCCGGCCAUUAUCACAUUCUCCACUAUCUGUUUGUUGAAAUAUACUAUAUAUAUGCACACCGUAAGGAUAGCAGCUCAAAAACACCAGAACUUCAUUUUCUACUAAUUCCAGUAUGGCAAACAUAAGGUCCAAAGUAUCUCUAAUCAUGUUGCUGGUGGUCCUCCUAACUCUUCACUUCUCUUUGAGAUCCUCACUUGCCAUCAUUGAGAAGCCACUUGAUUCAUCAACUAAUGGAGCAGUGAAAGAGGAAAGGAACUCAGAGACUUAUAUUGUCCUCUUAAAGAAACCAGAAGGCUCAGUUUUUACAGAGUCAAAAGAUUUAGAUAGCUGGUACCAUUCAUUUUUGCCGGUUAACGCCUUUAGCUCCGAGCAACCGCGUUUACUACACUCCUAUCGCCAUGUGGCAACAGGGUUUGCUGCAAGGCUCAAAGCAGAAGAUGUAAAGGCAAUGGAAAAUAAGGAUGGAUUCGUGUCAGCCCGCCCUAGAAGGAUGGUGCCUCUACAUACAACUCAUACACCUAGCUUCUUGGGUCUAGAGCAUAAUUUAGGAUUAUGGAACUACUCAAACGAUGGCAAGGGAGUUAUAAUUGGAUUAAUCGACAGUGGAAUAACGCCUGAUCACCCUUCAUUCAGCGACCAAGGAAUGCCUCCACCACCAGCAAAAUGGAAAGGGAAAUGUGACAAUGAAACACUGUGCAAUAACAAACUUAUUGGUGUAAGAAAUUUUGCUACUGAUAGUAACAACACUUCGGACGAGUACAUGCAUGGUACCCAUACAGCUAGCACAGCAGCUGGAAGCCCUGUCCAAAAUGCAAAUUUCUUUGGUCAGGCCAAUGGUACUGCAAUUGGUAUGGCACCACUGGCUCAUUUGGCUAUGUAUAAAGUUUCUGGAAGUGCGAGUGAGGCAGGUGACAGUGAGAUAUUGGCUGCAAUGGAUGCUGCCGUUGAAGAUGGUGUUGAUGUUCUUUCGCUUUCCCUUGGAAUUGGCUCUCAUCCUUUUUAUGAUGAUGUGAUUGCAUUAGGUGCAUAUGCAGCAAUUCGGAAGGGGAUCUUUGUAAGUUGCUCAGCAGGAAAUUCUGGACCUGAUAAUAGCUCAUUGUCCAACGAGGCACCAUGGAUUCUAACCGUAGGAGCAAGCACUGUUGACAGAGCUAUUAGAGCAACAGUAUUACUUGGAAAUAAUGCAGAGCUAAACGGUGAAUCCCUUUUCCAGCCGAAAGAUUUUCCUUCAACACUGUUGCCACUUGUUUAUGCAGGUGCAAAUGGUAAUGCAUCAUCUGGAUUCUGCGAGCCAGGAUCAUUGAAGAAUGUUGAUAUCAAAGGCAAGGUAGUGCUGUGCGAGGGAGCAGACUUUGGAACAAUUUCCAAAGGCCAAGAAGUGAAAGACAAUGGUGGCGCUGCCAUGAUUGUAAUCAAUGACGAGGGCUUUAUUACAACACCGCGUCUUCAUGUGCUCCCGGCAUCAAAUGUGAAUUACAUUACAGGAUCAGCUAUUAAAGCCUAUAUAAACUCAUCAUCAUCUCCGAUGGCUACAAUCUUGUUUAAGGGAACUGUUGUUGGCGUACCUGAUGCUCCUCAAGUUGCUGAUUUUUCAUCAAGAGGCCCUAGCAUUGCAAGUCCCGGUAUCCUGAAACCUGACAUCAUUGGCCCUGGAGUGAGAAUUUUAGCUGCUUGGCCAGUUUCAGUUGACAAUACCACCAACAGGUUUGAUAUGAUCUCAGGCACCUCAAUGUCUUGCCCUCAUCUUAGUGGCAUUGCUGCUCUGCUAAAACAUGCCCAUCCUGACUGGUCACCUGCUGCUAUUAAAUCUGCCAUUAUGACCACUGCUAAUUUGAAUAACCUAGGAGGCAAACCCAUUUCUGAUCAAGAGUUUGUUCUAGCUACUGUGUUUGACAUGGGUGCAGGCCAUGUGAAUCCGUCAAGAGCAAAUGAUCCAGGGCUUAUUUAUGAUAUCCAACCUGAAGAGUACAUUCCUUACUUGUGUGGUCUGGGUUAUUCUGACAAUCAAGUAGGACUAAUUGUGCAGGGAUCAGUGAAGUGCACAAACGAUUCAAGCAUACCUGAAUCUCAACUCAAUUAUCCUUCAUUUUCGAUUAAAUUGGGUUCUUCUCCAAAAACUUACACAAGAACAGUUACAAAUGUUGGGAAGCCUACUUCAGCAUACACUCCUAAGAUCUAUGGACCACAAGGCGUAGAUGUUAAGGUGACGCCUGAUAUAAUUCAUUUCAGUGAGGUGAAUGAGAAAGCCACAUAUACAGUAACAUUUAGCCAAAAUGGGAAAGCUGGUGGACCAUUUUCCCAAGGUUACCUGACUUGGGUAGGUGAAGGCUACAGUGUUGCAAGCCCAAUUGCUGUCAUCUUUGAAUAAGCAUAGUUAUAACGCUCAAGAGUCGAUUGCAAUAUAAUUAUCUGCUGCUAUGAUGGAGAAUAAUAUGUUGAAGAGAAUAGAUUUAUAAUGUCAAAAGAAUUCUUUAAUUUCA